UCGAACGUAUCGCUCGCGCUGGAAGAAUUUCUUGAGUUCGCUUUAAAGUGCCAAAAGCGGGUCAAGUCGUUGAUUUUCGGUUGCGGAACGGUUAGAUUCGCGUAGUGGGCAGCGUAGCCGUUACGGUGAUAUAAGAUACAAGUGGAUCGUGAUCGUUACAAGUGAAAUAUUUCAAAAGAACGGCGUUUAGCGCGUAGUAGCGAUGCCGUCUUGAACCGAGUGAUCGACAGGCGUUAAAUAUUAGGAAUCAACCCACGUGAUCUCGAUCAUAAAGCCUAAAACCCGCAACAUUUCCCCUCAAAGCCCAGAAUUUUGAGUCAGCCAUGCGAAUAGGCUGGCUUGUUCUAGCGCUUUCAAGCGCUCACUUUGCAAUAAUUAGCACUGCCAGCCGUAACGCUACUGAUAACGAUGAACUGUGGACGCUUCUGCUGAACGGAAGACUUGACCAGAUCAAAACAAAAACAGCGGCAGAGGUCAGACCCGCGGUCAGCGCGUCGUCGUCGGAGGAGGAGCCGGCCGUCCAUUCACAAACGGGUAGCGUCGAAGACGAUGACGACGCCGCCGCCGAUAAGGCUGCGAUCUUCGACGAUGAACAGCUGUUUGGCGGUGUUCAGGACACCAGCAAAGAGAAGCUCGUAGGUGUUGAUAACGAGACGACUGUGUCAACAGCUGCGCUUUUUGAUGAGGCGUUUGCGUCCUCCGGCGACGGAGAAGGUGGCGAAGAGCUGGACGAUAAGGAUGGAAUGCAGGCUGAUGCCGGUGGCGGGAUGGAUGAUGAGAUCUUCGAUGUUUUGCGCAGACAGCCGGCGUCACGUGAGGUGUUGGGAUUGCUCGGGCUGUUGAAGGAGCGUAACAAAACAGAAGACUUGAUGCAGAAGCUGAAGAACGUUGUGCGGCCGAUGGCCGAACGGAUUGCCGAUGGGCUUCCGAGCAUUUUGGAGGAUAAGGAGGUGCCAGCGGAACCUAAUGAACCAGUACAAGCAGAAUCACUGGUGUCGGACAGUGCUCAUUUGCCUCCGGUUACGAACAUCCUGAUUCCCAAACUUGGCGAGAAGCUGUCCACUAUUCGCAAAAGUUACGAAGCCCCUGCCAAUGGUCAACGUAGUUUGGUGAUCGUGUUCGAUGCAACUGGCUCCAUGCUGGACGAUCUGCAUCAACUGCGAGAAGGUGCCAAGCUGAUCAUCGACGAGAUCACCCAGCUGAAGAAUAACCCAAUCUACAACUACGUGUUCGUUCCGUUCCGCGAUCCUCAAGUAGGGCCCCGACUCGUCACCCGUAACAAGGAUGAAUUGUUGCAAGCGUUGGAGAACCUGCAAAUCUACGGCGGUGGUGACUGUCCGGAGAACGCCAUGGCUGCUCUAUCCGAUGCGAUCGAGGCUUCCUUGCCGAACUCCUUCGUGUACGUGUUCACCGAUGCUACCGCCAAGGAUUUCAAGCUUGAUCAGCGAGUCUUGCGACUGGUUCAGCAAAAACAGACUCCCAUAACUUUCCUGUUGACUGGCUUCUGCGAUGGUCGAGACACCCCAGGUCAUGAAGUCAUGCAGGACAUCGCCGCAGCAAGCAAUGGUCAAAUCAUCGAUCUCAAAAAAGAUCAAAUUGAGCAGGUUCUCGUGAGCAUUAAAGGCAUGCUGGAUAUCGAUCACGUCCCGUUGAAAGCGGUGGACUCAAAGCAAGGAGAAACUCAUGACAUUGACCUGAACGUGGAUGGUACCUUGAAGGAGUUUAGCGUGUCCGUCUCCGGUCAUCGACCGAGCAUCGAAAUCGUCGAUCCUCACCAAGUCCCUUACAACAACACCAAAUCCGUACUAGAUCUAGAAAACAUCAAAGUCGUCAACGUUGCCGGACCUUCCCCAGGCAAGUGGAACAUCAAAGCUGGUUCCAACUCGUCGAACUCGGUUCGACUCUCCGGCAACAGUGACGUCAAGUUCAACUUUGGCUUUUCCCCGUCCAAACCGACCUCCAUCGAAGCCCUUUCCCGUCAACCGGUACUGAACGUGGACAACGUGCUCACCGUCCAUCCCUCCCAGCCGAACCUCGUCGGAAACCUAUCCCACGUAACCAUCGACUCGCACGACACCAACCAACUCGGCGCCACCAACUUCAAGUUCAACCUCAAGCUGCACCCUCACCAGCUUACUGACUCAACACCCGUCUUCGUCACCCCCACGUUCAAAACGCCCCGCCAAAAAUUCAAGAUCUCCGUCGUCGGCAGCGACUCCAGCGGAAACCCGCUCGAUCGGCUGAUUUCGACCGCGAUCCAAGCGGUCGGACUGACCGUGCCGGAAAUGUCGCUCGAUAUCGCCGACGUCGAGCUGCUCGAGGGGGACAGCCUGAAGAUCAGCUGCCGGGCGGACUCGGCGUCGGCCAUGCUCGUCCAGUGGAAGCGCUUCGAUCGACUGCUUGCCGAGAGCAGCUUUGACUCGACAGGUGUUCUGGACCUAGCGCUGAGCAACGUUACCACGAAACACUCCGGACGGUACACGUGCCGUGCUGCGAACAGCGUAGGCGAGCAGGAAAUCGUGGCCAGCGUUAAGGUGUCGCCGCGUCCCGAGCCGGAAGUCGGAGUCUACCCGAAGGAUAUCGUAGCAUUCGAGGGGGAGCGUAUGCUUUUCCUGCGGUGCAUCCUGAAGAACAUUGACAGCUCGGCGAGCGUGGUCUGGAGUCACAACGGGAACAAGCUUAACCACGCACUUGGAAAGGAAUAUCUGGAGAUUCACAACAUAACCUCCAAGGACGAUGGCUCGUACGAGUGUCGCGUGGAGUCCAAUGGACGCAUUCACUGGGAUUCAACGCGGUUGAGUGUGGAGUAUGGUCCAAAGGCUCCGAACGCUCCACUCAUGGUAACGGCGCCUUACGGUCAACCCCUGACCGUUGAGUGCGGCUUAUCGGGGAACCCGCAGCCAGCGGUCUCGUGGAGCUUCCAAUCGCUGGAAGAUUCCGAGGAGCAAGCUCUCAUGGUAACGGACUUUAACCUGUCGCUGCCGGCGGUAACGCCGGACGUUGAAGGUUUCUACACCUGCGAAGGUAGCAAUCGUCACGGUAGCGCUAAAAGCGUGGUCUUUGUGCGAGGGGAUGCCAAUGAUCCACCGAGAAUUCCCAAGCCCGACGAGCAGAUCCUGUACGUCAAACCGGGAGCAAAGGUCGUCCUGAACUGUUCGUGUGACCUGUGCCAGCCGUUGAGCGAGUACAUCUGGACAAACGGUCGGCUCACGUUCGAGAGCAGUGCGUACGAGGUGCAAGGCAACGUCCGGGUGUAUCUAAAUGUCGAGCAAUCUCGGAACGCCAUCCAGUAUCGGCUGACGAUCGAUGACUUUGGUCCGGAGGAUCAGGGAAGCUACAGCUGUAUCCUGUCGAACGCCCACGGCGCGGAUAGCAUCGUGACCGAGGUUCGUCUGAUGGAGACUCCACAGGUAGACGGAGUGCUGGUGAACGAUAACCCCUCUUCGAUUGGGGUAGAGUUCAUCGGGUUGGAAGAUUCCGUGAACUACCUGACGUGUGACGCUACCGGCCUUCCGGAACCGAAAAUCCAAUGGUUCGUGAACGAGACCGCACUCAACUAUGAUCAACCGUUUACGCUGCUGAACGAUAACAAAACGCUGUUUUUGAUUGAAGUCUUUGAACAAAGCUACGCUGGCAAGUACUCCUGUACCGCUUCCAAUCCAAUGGGCUCGUCUACUGGUGAGCUAACCCUGCUGUACGGAAAUGCUCCAGCGUUAAGCAAUCAGCCACCUUCCACAAUGAACGUAGAGGUUGGUGAUCGCGUAGCUCUAGAUUGCGACAUCACCGGCUAUCCGAAACCUACCAUUGAUUGGUACUUUAACGAUCGUCCGCUUUACACCAGCGAGGUUUCGUUCGUAGCCAAUCUCGAUCACUCCGGACUGUACACAUGCAAUGCAAGCAACACAUUUGGACAGCUCUCGUCGACCACGAUGGUUCUGGUGCACGGCAAGCCACAGUUUGAAGUCGGAUCUCCAGAAGAUACAGCGAUCGCGGUGUCCAAGCAGCAGAACGUUACCCUGCAGUGCAUCGCUACCGGAUUCCCGAAGCCCAACAUCACUUGGAGCUUCGAAGGUAACCCGAUCAACUCGUCGUCGAACACGAUCGAGAGCGAAACAACGCUCACGAUCUCGAACAUAUCAGCGCUGAAUCAGGGAUCGUACGUUUGCAACGCGGAAAAUGCACUUGGGAGUGCUCAGAAGGUGUACUACCUGCUUGUAAAAGAGCCACCGAAGAUCAUUGCGUCGCAUCCAACGCAAGUUCAGCUCCUGCCAAACCAGAAGGUUCUACUAGACUGCACCGGUACCGGUAACCCACCACCGCUUGCCACCUGGACCAAAAACGGGACACCUAUCCGUACCAACACUUCGCUUGAGUUGUCCCACACAGCUGAAUCGUCCGGAAACUACACCUGCACCUUGGAAAACGUUGAAGGCACUGACAGUCAGACCACAGAAGUGAUCGUAAUCGAUCCUCCAAGGAAAGCGGCGAAUAUCUCCACAUCAGAUCCACCCAUCCAAACCAAGAUCAACACCCCGCUAACGCUCGUCUGCCCGUUCGACAACUACGACAGCCUGCUCUGGCAGCUGAACGAGCGCAAUCUGGACAGCUACCUGGACCUGACCGACGUCCGUCUCCUCCAGAACAUCCUCCAAAUCGAAAAACUCCGCCAAGCUCACCAGGGCACGUACACCUGCUUCGUAGAGAACCCCGCCGGUCGCAACAACCACUCGUUCGUGGUGGGAAUCCUGUCGCCUCCCACCAUUCAGCAAGCGGACCCCAAACUAGCGGAAUCGGAGGAGCAGCUCCGGCCGGUUGCGGAGGUUAGUCUGCUUAGCGGCGAACAGCUUCGGCUGGUGUGUCAUGCCAGCGGGUCGCCACCGCCGACUAUUACGUGGAACCGGGACAAUGCCGUACUGACUCGGGGAAGUGAACUGGCGAUUGAAAGCGUGGACUCGCACCACACCGGACUGUACACUUGUGUGGCGGAGAACGAUCUUGGGGUAGCGAGGAAGGUGUACCGACUGGACGUGAUGAGUUCGCCGCAGCACUGGGGAGAUCCGACCGCCUUUGUUGAGGUGUUCAAGGAUGAAGACUUGAGGUUGGAGUGUGGGAUGCAUGCCAAUCCACCGGCCAGCAUUCAGUGGAGCAAGGAAAAUGAAAUAUUGGACGAGUUCGAAGAAGUUCUAGAACUUAACACGAUCCAGCCUCAGGACUCCGGGUUGUACACAUGCGAAGCGGAGAACAUAUUUGGCACAGCGGAGAAGAAAUACCACGUAACGGUGUACCAACCCGCUGAGAUCACUUCUUUCCCGCCAAAUCAAACCGUCAUAGCUGGAAACGUCUUCACGUUGGAAUGCGAAGCAGUCGGCAGUCCGCUGCCGAUCGUCAGCAUCAUCCACAAGGGAGAAAUCCUGGCAUCGUCCGCGGAUCUCGAAGUUGACGGCAUGCUGCUCGAUCAGUCGUACCGGGUCAAGUCCAAGCCGUACGCGCUCCAGACGCAGCAGUUCCUGGCAACGAAGCUGUCCCAGUACGAGCUGCGACUGAGCCUAUCCCAAGCGAACGUUGCGGAAGGUUCCGCCGGGAAGUAUCUCUGUUUAGCGCAGAACGCCGUCGGAUACGACGAACGGUCGUCGAAGGUGAUCGUUUACGUGUCACCUUUCGUUCAGCUGAACAAGCUAAAAGCAGCUCGCAACUUCGCCAUCCUCGAAGGUCUCCCGCUGUACCUGUUCUGUCCGAUUGGAGGCUACCCGAAGCCAGCGCUGAGCUGGUUCCGCAACGGGAAACCCAUCAAGUUCAACGGGCAAACGCUGUUCAUGUCGGCGACAACCCGCAAGGAUCAAGGGAACUACACCUGUCUGGGAGAAAACUCCGUCGGUAAGGCCGAAUUGAGCUUCUCGGUAGGUAUCCUAAUCCCUCCGACGAUGAUCAACAGCGUGGUGGUCAGUGAUGACGAGGUGGCCGACGAACCGGAGCAGGAAGAGAUCUCCAUUCUGAAAGGAGACAACGUAACGCUCGACUGUCUAGCCUUGAGCGCGUGGACUAGCUGGAGCAACUGCACGCUGGAGUGCGUUACGGAGUACUCGGGGUUGAGGUCGGUGCGGUUCCGCAACAGGAAGUGCGACUCUCCGGCACCGUCGCUCGGCGGGAAGGCAUGCGUGGGGGAGGAGUACGAAGAGGAGGUUUGCAGUGUGAAGUUCUGCCCGACGGACGGGGGUUGGACGCCGUGGACCAAGUGGACGCCGUGCAGCGAAACGUGUGGUUUUGGGCGGACGCUUCGCUGGAGGAGCUGCGUGAAUCCAGCACCUCGCAAUGGUGGACUGCCGUGCAAGGGGUCGGAGAGUGAGAUCAAGAUCUGUAAGGAACGGGAGUGCAUCGUUGAUGGCGGGUGGUCCGAGUGGAGUCCGUGGUCCAAGUGCAGCAAGACGUGCGGCGUUGGGGUUCGCAGCAGGAAGCGGACGUGCGACAAUCCGGAGCCAAAGAACGGAGGUCGCGAGUGUGAGGGAGAGAACGUCGAGCUGGAGAAGUGUUCUUCGAAGUCUUGUCGGAACGAUGCGUUGGUGAAACACAUUCAGCGGGAUAACAAACGCAAGUUCUCUCCGCUUCUAACGUACGAGUCGAAGUAUCCAGUCGAUGGAGACAGCGACUACGAGGAUCAACCAAAUGAACCGCAAAAGUUCAAGGUUGUUCGCAACUUUGAGUUCGCCGAGACGCCUCCGGUCGAGUACGUCGAUGGACCUGUGGUAGAGUCCGACCUUGAAGAUCUGGACGAAGGUCACCACCAAAUUACGGUAAGUUUGAAGAACACCGUCAACCUGACGCAGGACACGGCCGCGUACAACCUGAACUUUGGUGGAAGGGCCAACUCGGUGGAGUACGUUUGCGCUACCGGAAUGGUGUUCAACGAGACGCUUAGACGGUGCGUGGACGUGAACGAGUGCGAAACCGGUGAGCAUCGCUGCACUGAACUCGGUCAGAUCUGCGUCAAUACCAACAGUGGGUACGAGUGCCUCUGCAUGGAGGGCUUCCGUAUGACCCAAGGAGGACGCUGCACGGACAUCAACGAGUGCCGCGAGGACAGUCACGAGUGCUCCCACUUUUGCGUCAACAACCCCGGCGGGUACGGCUGUCUCUGUCCGGCAGGUCACUUGCUGGCCGCUGACGGAAAGACUUGCACCAGGAGACGAACCCGCGAGGAGCCAGCGUUCAGCAUCAUGAACUACGAGACGAACUGUCCGGAGGGUUAUCAGCUCGAUGGGAACAAGUGCUUGGAUAUUGACGAAUGCGCGCUCAAGGAAGACGAGUGCAACGAGGAGCAAUCCUGCCUGAACACCAAGGGAUCGUACCUUUGCGUACCAACGGCUUGCCCGGAGGACUACGAUACCGACAUCCUGCUCAACCAAUGCUACCGUGACUGCCGGGAAGCGUACGACCUCGCCUGUCCGGACGGUGCCCUCGUUGAGCAAACCCUCACCUACAAGGUUAUCUCGCUGAAGCGUUUCAGCGCGAAGCAACCUAUCGCGGUGCUGUCCAUUCCGGCCUUCCAGCACGCGUCCAUGAGCACCAACUUCGCCUUCCUGGAGCGGACGUACGAGCACGUGUUUGCGCUCGAGAAGACGCCACAGGCGUCCGCGAACGGGGGAGCCGUUUAUCUGUACGCGAAUCGAAAGUUCCAGCGGGGCAAGAUCUACAAGCUGAAGGUGGUGGCGCGUGCCUUUGGCGUCGAGUCCGGCACGAUGGACUACGUGCACCGGUUCGUGGUGUACGUGCACUGUGUGGAGUGAGUUUUGUAGAGAGGCAUUAUGUAGGGUUAGUUGAGUACUCAUAUUGUAUACGUCGAAUUUCAUUUAUAUUGACAUUAUGACGAA